UCUGCCAGCUGGGAGACAGAGGAAGUCACCUCUGAGCGAAACUGCUGAGCCAGAGCCAGAAGAGCAGCAGCUGGGUCCCCGGGGAGAUGCUGCUUCCGUGGCUCCUGUGGCUUGUGGUCCUCUGCCCGGGGGGCGGCGGCGAGGCAGCCUUUCAAGGGCCCACCUCUUACCACGUCAUCCAGAUCUCGUCCUUUGCCAACAGCAGCUGGGCGCAGAACCAAGGCUCAGGAUGGCUGGGUGACUUACAGCUUCAAAGCUGGGACAGCGACGCGGGCAGGGCGGUUUUCCUGAAGCCCUGGUCCAAGGGCAACUUCAGUGAGGAGGAGGUGACCGGACUGGAGGAGGUGUUCCAGGUCUACCUCAACGGGUUCAUCCUGGAAGUACAGGACCAUGCCCAUGAGUUCCAGAUGGAAUAUCCCUUUGAGAUCCAGGGGAUAGCAGGCUGUAGUCUGCAUUCCGGUGGGGGCACGGUGAGCUUCCUGCGGGGAGCUUUAGGAGGAGUGGACUUUCUGAGCAUCAAGAAUUACUCCUGUGUGCCCGCCCCGGAGGGUGGAAGCCGGGCACAGCGCAUCUGUGCGCUCAUCCAUCAGUACGCGGGCAUCCGGGACAUCGCGGGGAAGCUCCUCUUUGAAACCUGCCCUCAGUAUCUCCUGGGUGUCCUUGAUGUGGGGAAGGCAGAACUGCAGAGACAAGUGAAGCCCGAGGCCUGGCUGUCCAGUGGCCCCAGUCCCGGUCCUGGCCGUCUGCUCCUUGUGUGCCAUGUGUCCGGCUUCUACCCAAAGCCAGUGUGGGUGACGUGGAUGCGGGGUGAGCAGGAGCAGCCGGGCACCCGGCGAGGCGACGUCCUGCCCCACGCUGACGAGACGUGGUAUCUUCGGGUGACCCUGGACGUGGCGGCCGGGGAGGCAGCCGGCCUGUCUUGCCGAGUGAGACACAGCAGUCUAGGAGGCCGGGACAUGGUCCUCUACUGGGGAAACCCCCUCUCCAUCAGCUUGAUGUCUUUGGCGAUAAUAGUGCCCUUGUUCAUCCUUUUGACAGUUCCUACAUUGUGGUUUUUGAGGCGCCGGUCGUAUCAGAGUAUCUAAUGGACUCCUCUUCCAUUUGGAAUAAACGCUCAGAAGCCCAGAAGCUCAAGUUGUCAGCCUGGGAGAUGAUCGCGUCAUAUUUCAUCAAAUAAUCCUCUUGGUUGGUCACAUCAGAGUUCCCGUACGAUGCGAGAUAAAUCACUAUUCAUAACUGACAGACAAAUAAUAGAAAACCACAAAUUUAUUAUGAGAUGGUGUCAAUAGUACGAUUCACCCUGAUCUCCUACAUGUGAGACGUGGGAAAGAAUGUGUUUCAGAAUAAAUGACACGUGGUAUACCCCUUA